UUGUGGGAGGAAAGUCAGUUCUAUAAAGGUGUCAACAAGAUGAAUUGAUCAAACUUUACGUGAAAUUAGACAAAGUGCUUCCAGAGUGUUUGUUGGUAUUGUUUUUGUCUGAACAGGUGCGUGCGCGCAUUUAUCAUAAUUGUGAGAACAUUUGCUGGAGGGGAAAAUGGACAAUAAUUUGCUGGACUUGACGUCUUUGUUAAUGGACGCUGAUGAGGUCACUUCAUCCUCUCGGCCCUCGACACCCUCACUCUUUCUAGAACGGACAAAGGCCUCUUUGGCGCCAGUUAUCGGCUACGUUGAAACUGAGGCCGAUUUCAAAAACGCUCAGUUCAGCCGACGCAAAAAGAAAUUUCAAAAGGCUGAGCGGAAAGAAAAGAAAAAAAUCAAAAGGAAGAGAAAUAAAAAUAGUGAUAAUUCUGUCCAUGAUUCCAAUAUGCAGAAUGAUGGAGUAAAAAGUGACAUUGUGACCGAGGCACCAAAGAAACCAAUUUUCGAUUUGGCUGGAAAUAUUAUAACAACUGCUCCCUCAGUACCAUCGCCGGACAAGGGAAAUAAUGGGGACACUUCCACAGAGUCUGUUACAACAAAGUCCCCCGGUAGCUGGUUGGACAAAGGUCCGCCUCUGAUUUUACUCACAACAAAAUCCCCAAAGAGUUCCUCCUCAUCUACCACUACGACGCCUCAAGAAGAUGUUAGUACAACCAAAUUUCCUACAACUCCAAGUGUCUCCACAACAAAAAAUCCGUCUGUAACCACCAAUGGAUUCCAGGACUCCUCUGUCUCUCCAUCAACCCCCUCGAGGGUUGAUACCGGACAAGAGGGUAUGUUGAAACCGAGUACCCCGUCCCCAACUCAAAUAGACUUAACAAAAGAUAUACAGGACAAAAUAAAUUUAAAUCUGAAAAAUAUUACAAACCAGAACAUCACAGACUCAACUCAAAUCAAUAUUGUCAUUAAUGUAGUGGAUAAGGCAGCGGAAAGGAGAAGAAGGAAGUGGUUACGGAGACAGGCGAGAAGAUUGAAAUGUCCUAUAGAAGAUUUUCGAAAUUCCCCGGGAGGUUACAAGUGCUGUCUAAAAUCUGCCAAAUGUUUCGAGAAUUUACCGGAAGAUAUAGAUGAGGUUACAGAGGCUGGGACCCCAAAUGUGGGCCCCGCUGUCGGAAAUGUUCCGGAGGCUUGUGGACAAAUUGACCAAUCCUUGGUGUGUAUGGCGAGGGUAUUGGCAAAAGACCAGUGCAAAAGUGCGGCAGAAAUUGUCAACAAAGACCUAAAUGAAGAGCUGCUUAUGGUCCAAAAAUUCUACAAACAACAUUGCCCUGGAAAUUCGAUAGUCGGGACAACACCUUCCGCCCCACACGUCCCUGGCGCUGGCGGACAAGGGCAGAUGGCUUCUUCCGGAUCUGAGACCUCUUUACCGACGUCUGCUGUGAUCGGGGCUGCCAUUGGUGGAUUAUUUUUCAUCAUUCUUAUUGUAGCGAUAGCCUGCUUUGUUCGAAGAAAAAGAUCGCGACUUCCUACUCAAGACAAGGUGGCUUUUCAAAGUUCUCCGACCACAUCCGCUCGUUACAAGGAUUUCAUGAGAACCAACUCGGAAGUGUACGCAGAAAUUGAUGAGAAACACUUGCAGAGAUCCUUCAGAGUUAGCAAUGACACAACCACGUUUGAGAGAGAAGAAGGAAGUGGGGGAAGCACCGGAAGUAGGCCACUGCCUACAGCGCCCUCUGACGGUGUAUAUGAAGACAGAGCCGGAUAUGUUACUCCUAGAGCCAGCAGGGAAAACCUCAACGACAGAGCAGGAUACGAUGCGCUGUCCGCCGUCUCAAUUGAUGACGAAAACAGUGCUGAACCUUAUGAUAAGCUUGCACGAAACCCUGAAAAACCGGAAACGGAAGUUACAGACGGGGAUUAUAUAACACCUGAAUCUGGGAAACCGACAGAAAAAAUCCCUGACAAUUAUCAUACCUACUUUGUUCUGGAAAAAUAAACACUUGUUUCAUUCUUUUAUGAUUCAUAACAUAUUUUCAUUUUGCAGAUACAGUGUACAUGUAGCAUUACAUGAAUUUUUGUUGAUUUUACAUGCAUGCCCUCCAUCCAUUUUAAUUUAUUAUUUUUUUAUAUGUGAUAAAUGUACAUACAUGUUUAUUUUAGAAAUUAUUUGAUAUAUUGUCAAGUAAUGUGUAACAUUUAAAAUUCGACAAGGUAACUCGGAUUUUUUAAGGAAUAGUAUUUGGUGCUUUUUUCGUAAAUA